GAGUAGAAGUCAUGGCUUACUUUAUGAAAAGUAUGAUAAGUAACCAGGUAAAGAAUUUAGGAUUUGGUGGCGGGGCUGAAGAAAAAAAAGAAGGAGGUGCUUCUGAUCCUGCAGCGGCUCAAGGAAUGAAUAGAGAGGAAUAUGAGGAGUAUCAGAAGCAAAUGAUUGAGGAGAAGAUGGAGAGAGACGCUACAUUUAAACACAGAAAGGCAGAGAGGGCUUGCCUCCGAUCCCAUCUCCGGGGGAAGUACAUGCUCCCAAAGAGUGAAAUGGACGAGAACCAGAUCCAGAUGGCCGGAGGUGAUGUGGAUUUGCCUGAAGACCUCCGGAAAAUGGUGGAUGAAGAUCAAGAAGAGGAAGAAGAUAAGGAUUCCAUUCUCGGGCAGUUACAGAAUCUUCAGAACAUGGACUUAGAUACCAUCAAAGAAAAGGCCCAGGCCACCUUCACAGAAAUCAAGCAGUCAGCGGAGCAGAAGUGCACCGUGAUGUGA